AUGGCAUCGAGAAAGCUCGCGCUGAGCCUGCAGCAGGGCCUACGCGCCCAACGUGCCAUCAACGCUGUCAAGCCCAACAUCACUCGUCGGGCUUUGGCUACUCCUGUUAGCCAUGGCAGCAUUACCGAAAGCACCACUCUGAGCAAUGGCUUCACGAUUGCCACCGAGCACUCGCCAUACGCACAGACGAGCACAGUCGGUGUCUGGAUCGAUGCUGGUUCUCGCGCCGAGACCGACCGCACCAACGGCACUGCUCACUUCCUCGAGCACCUUGCUUUCAAGGGCACCCAGAAGCGUAGCCAAAGUCAAUUGGAGUUGGAGAUUGAGAACAUGGGUGGUCACCUCAAUGCCUACACCUCCCGGGAGAACACCGUCUACUACGCCAAGAGCUUCAACAGCGACGUUCCCAACACUGUGGACAUUCUGGCCGAUAUCCUGCAGAACAGCAAGCUCGAGCCAUCAGCGAUUGAGCGUGAGCGUGAUGUUAUCCUUCGGGAACAGGAAGAGGUGGACAAGCAGUUGGAGGAAGUCGUUUUCGACCACUUGCACGCAACUGCAUUCCAGAACCAGCCGCUCGGACGCACCAUUCUCGGACCCAAGGAGAACAUUCAGUCCAUCUCGCGCGACGACCUGACCAGCUACAUCAAGACCAACUACACUGCUGACCGCAUGGUCCUUGUUGGUGCUGGUGGUGUUCCUCACAGCCAAUUGGUCGACCUCGCAGAGAAGUACUUCUCCAAGCUCCCCGCCUACAACCCUGACGCCCAAAACAACGCUGCUGCUCGUGGCAUCGAGUCCAAGCCCGAUUUCGUCGGCUCCGAGGUCCGGAUACGCGAUGACACCCUGCCCACCGCCAACAUUGCCAUUGCUGUUGAGGGUGUGAGCUGGAAGGACGACGACUACUUCACCGCGCUCGUCACCCAGGCCAUCGUCGGUAACUGGGACCGUUCCAUGGGUAACUCACCAUACCUCGGCUCUAAGCUCUCCACCUUUAUCCACGACCACAAGCUCGCCAACUCCUUCAUGUCCUUCUCCACUUCCUACUCGGACACUGGUCUUUGGGGUAUCUACCUGGUUACCGAUGCCGUCACUCGCAUCGACGACUUGGUGCACUUCACUCUCCGUGAAUGGUCCCGUCUGUCAUACAACGUCAGCGAGGCCGAGACCGAGCGCGCCAAGCAGCAACUCAAGGCCAGCAUUCUCCUCUCCCUCGAUGGCACCACCGCCUCAGCCGAGGACAUUGGCCGACAAAUCAUCACCACUGGCCGCCGUCUUUCACCUGAGGAGGUCGAGCGUGUCGUUGGCAGCGUCACUGCCGCCGAUGUCAUGAGCUUCGCUCAGCGAAAACUGUGGGACCGUGACAUCGCCAUCUCGGCUGUUGGCAGGAUCGAGGGUCUCCUCGACUACGCCCGUAUCCGAAACGACAUGAGCCGCAACCUUUCAUAG